CGCUCGCCAGUUACUCCGUCCCUCCUCUCGCUCGGCGCACACACGUCGCUCCUGCUCCUGCUCCCACUCCUACUUCUGCUCCUGCCUGGUACACGCACCGAGCGACACAAGCACGCGACCCCGCCAGUCUCGGGGCUUCGGUUUCUCUCGACAGCCUGUUUCUCGAGUGGAUUUCAGUUGUGGUGGAUUUAGUGCGUUCAAACCGGUGGAGUGUUUUGGAAUUUCUGGUUUUGAGGAUCUCCAGCUAACGAGAGCGACCUUUUGGAAACCCAUAUGUUCCUCGAACUUUCCCGGCGACCGCUGUGCAAUCAGGAGGGAGGAAACAAAACAGAAGCCGGCGUUUUGUUCGUGUGUAAUUUAGAGACUUCGAUUGCUGCAAUUACGAGGACGUCGACCCGAAAUCCGAGACAUUAGUGGAUUAAAGGGCCUGAGCUCGGCUCAUCCCCUGGUCGUGAGAGCCGAGCUUCUGUAUUCUGAACGCUUGAGUGACAGCUCUCCCUCCCAAUCUUUCUCGCUCAAGUGACGCAAGCACUCGAGUGAUGCCUGUCGCGGAGGGCUGACGGAGACCCUGCCUGCGUGCGUGGAGUGGAGACUCGCGCCGGCCGGCUCUCGGAGGGCGCGGGCGGAAGGCAGCGGGCGUGGCCUGAACGCUCCUUCCAAGCAUGCCUCCAGCGGCGAUCUCCUUCAGCCGCUGUGUCGUCUUCAGGAGGAGGAACUUUGGUUUGAGGAACUGCGGCGUGGAGAGCCAGCGUGAAGGCCGCGCGCGUGACACCCGUCAACGCUGAACGCUGUCACCAUGACGCACCGCUGCUGGUGACGCUCUACAUGCAAUCGCAAGGUCGUGGUGUGCGGCGGGAAGGAACACUCAAGGCGGUGCAGAUAUCGAUUACUCUUGCCAAGUACCUCUCGAGGACGCAAACAUCAACACUAAAUAAAACACCAAAGCUUGCAAAACUUUGGUUUGUUGAAUAAUUCACAAGGGCGCGACUUUGCAACCUGAGAAGAGGAACGAGUCGCAGCUAGAUUUUGAAAUCAGUUGACAGUUCUUACAGGUUCGCAAGGAUUAUUGAACCAUACGUUGUAAAAGCCGCUGAUACGCGUGCCUAUCGCAAAGUGUUCUAGUGGGCGUGUGUGUGAGAGCAUGCAUUGCCGGGGGACGGAGGACGGCUUCCUGUAAGCGAAAGCAUCGUCGGGAAGGAAAUACCCGCGGUGCCCUUGCGAUGGAGGCUUGUGUCUGAGGCGUAGACACGUGUUCUUUCUGUCCUUCUCUCUUCUGUUUUUUUUUCAUAGUUUAUUUCUUCUCUCUCUCUCUCUCUCUCUCUCUCUCUCUCUCUCUAUCUCUCUCUCUCUCUCUCUCUCUCUCUCUCUCUCUCUCUCUCUCUCAUUUCCUCCCUGCCGUUUUCCUCUUCUCCCUCCUCCUGUGCCUCUGCCUCUCCCUCCACCCCCUGAAAUGGCCUCCCCGUCAGUAGUGUUGGACAUGUUCCUGGAGGAGGACGAAGAGUACGACCAUUCCUACUCCAUGUCCUCGCCCUUCCGCGCCUCCCCCUCGCCUCCGCCGCCACUCCCCGUCUUCUCCAACCUCCUGUCAGAAGCCACUAUGACAUCACAAAACAUCCCCCAGGCAAUUGGGGGGGGAGGGGAUACCGAAAGUACAGUGGAGGACCUCUUGUCACAAAUAGACUUUGCAUCGUGGCCUCUCCCAGAUGUGUCGGAAUCGAGCAGUGAUGACGACCUUAUUCACAAACUGUCACAUGACCUUGAGCUUCCUCUUGCUCUUGAUGACUUUGAGCCAGUCUCCUCAUGGUCGUCGCACAGUCCUGGAGACAUAUUCCAGACGUUCACUAACCAAGAUAGUGUAUCCUCCGCCCUCAAGUCAGAGAAUGACUUUUCAGCAGAGGAACUGACUCAAGCACUGUAUCCAAAUUUGGUAGCUGGACAAGAAGCAGAACAUGAAACCAUUUCAUCAGUACUCAUUGAAGAUAAAAUUAUAAAGAAGGAGCCAUCUUCACCACAGCAUUUCCUACAGAUGCCACCGUCCCCUGAUGAUAGUCAUGACAUCUGGGAACUGCUCUGUGGUCCUGAUAUUAAACCCAAUGUCAAGGCUCUGGACACCCCACCUGUAACCCCACCACAAAGUGAAGGAUCGCCCCCUCAUAGUCCCCAGCCUCUCUCGCCUGCAGGACCAACGGCAACCACAGUAGUCCUCUCCCCUCCUCACCAGCACCAGAAGCAAGGCACAAAUGGCAUGACAGCAAAUCACAUAACGCAACCCAUCAAAGUUGUUACCAUAACAACGAGAAAUGGCACAACUAAUCAAGGGGCAACCAAAGGGGGCCGCAUUACCAAAACCAUGAAAAUUCAACCCAAAAUUGUGACCACAAGUACAACACAACCUCAGGUUAUUAGCAUAGUAAAUUCCUCUUCAGGACCAAAGUUGACGCUGCCAAAAACAGUUGGGACAAGGACCAUAAGCACGGGGGGAAGCACAAGGGUUGUCCAGCUGAAACCUCCUCCUCAAGUGCAGUCUAGAGUAACUACUGCCACACCUACAAUUCCUAGCCCAGUACCAUCCAUCCUUACAUCACAGAUAACCAACCAGCCCACAGUUAUUGGCACUCAGUCAUCUGUAGUGCCCCCAGCAGCCCCUACCACACCCCUGGCACCACUCGCUCCUGCCCUUGCUCCGGGCAUGAAGCACGGCAACGUUCCAGAUCUGAAGGCACUGAAAAGACAACAGAGAAUGAUAAAAAACAGAGAAUCCGCCAGUCUAUCUCGUAAGAAGAAGAAAGAAUACGUCACAGCACUUGAAGGAAACAUUACUGAUCUACAAAAUGAAAAUAAAAGAUUGAAAGAGGACAAUAUCCGCUUGCAACAAAAAGUAUCAUCACUGGAGUCUGAAUGUGCAUCAUUGCGGCAUGCAUUGGGUCGCAGCCCAAGCAGGAAAACCACCACUGCGCUGUUUGCCAUUAUUUUCCUCUUAUCUCUGAACCUAGGUCCUUUGACGGGAAUUUUCUUAAGCAAUGAAUCAAGAUUGUCAUCUCUCAAGAGAAUGAUGCAAGGUGUGGAACCCUCAUCUCUAGGCACAGGCUUCAAGCACCGCUCACUACUCUGGGCUGAUGAAAAACAGGCUUCGGCAGAGGAAGGCACAAUUCCAAACUUGAACACCAACACCUCGUCUAUGUGUCCCAUGUAUAUCAAUGCAACAGAAAGUUUGAGGCUGGAGACUGAAUUACGAGGCUGGUUUGAGAACAAGAUGGACAAGAAGAAAAACAGCAACCAGAGACCCCUGUUGUCACAUCCCAAGACGAGGGAAGGAAGGAACCGGCUGAAACAGCACAAAAACGUGGGAGAACCAAGCCAGAAACUCAGCAAGCAAGUUGGCAAUGAGGUCUGGAAUGCCUUAGUCCCUCCCCAGCAACCUUCCAACAAACCAGCACCACUUUACCAUUAUGUUCAUUAUGUUGAGCCAUCUACUAGCACUGAAGAGGACACCUCGGUCAUGGCUACUGUCCCUCGUCUAACAUCAUUCCUUGAGGCUAUCCAGAGGCGUGAUGAUACAUACUAUGUUGUGUCCUUCUCUCCUGACCACCUCCUCGUCCCCGCAACAGCACGGAAUGACUCAGCCCGCCCCAGAAUGUCCCUGCUAAUGCCAACACCCCAGUCUAUGAAUGACUCUCUGGCUCCCCCUCCCAAUAAUGUGGCUCUGAUGCAGAUCGACUGUGAAGUCAUGCACACACGUCUAGUCCAUGUAGCACAGGAGCUGGUGCCACCCUACUUGCGCACUGACAGGAGCAAUACAUCACGGACAUCAUCAGAAGAAGCCACAACAGCCACUCCCAGGGAGAGACGAAACUCUCGGUCCAGGCCAAGACACACCCUGACAAAGCCCGCUUUCCCACACAAAUAGACGAAUCGAGUGCACAAUUAAGACAUUAAAAAAAGAGAGUUAUUGAACUCAUAAAAUCAUUUGUCGUGAUAGUGGAAUUGAAUUUUUGUCCUUUUUGCUAUUUAUUGUCAUGUCUGUUUUUCUACUUUUUUAUCUUUUUCUUUUUAAGUAUGACCAGUUUUGGUGCUUUAAUUAUCUGCUUCAGAAUUAUAUUUUUAUUUAUUAAUAUUGACAGCUGUACAAAAUUAUUUUAUAGAGACUCCUCGAAAUAUAUAAUUGUUGUUCUUAAUUAAUAAUGAUAUAUUGAUAUUGACAUGUAUAUCCAAGAGCCCAGUGAUGUGAAAAUGUAGACUAAGGAUGUUACAGUGCUUUUACAAGAAUAUUAUUUGGACCCAAGUGAGUUAAUCUCAAUCAUUCCAUGAUCUCAUACAACUGUUCUUCAUUCCUUUAUUUUAUAUUAUUUUUUUGUCUAUUUCUUCCCUAUUUCAUGUGGAAAUAAACAUAAGAGUAAUCAAUGAAAGAAUCGGAUAUUGUACUGUGCUACCCUCAAGAGACAAGCAUCAAAAGAAGGCAACCCAGCAAUUCACAAGACAUUGUAAGAGAAGACUUAGGAUAUACAUUAGGAUGUGCUCAAUUAAAAGGUGUUGAGUUCUUUGUACAUAAAUUAAAGGAAUGCCCUUUUUAUGAGGAUUUUGUGUGCUGGUGUAGGGUUCAAGUCUAGGUUGUUUGAUAGGGUAUAGUACAAGAUGCAUAUUGUGGUUCCUGUUUUAUAUUUCAAAGUUAAAAGUUCCGUGACUUAUCAAUUUAUAUACAUGUGUAUUCAAGCAUACACAUGUAUACUGUUUACAUGUAUAUUGUAUUAUAGAACAUCCCAGAUUUUAAUCAUAUGUGAAGGAAAUACACAUUAGUUAUCAAGAAUUAAGUAUAGGAAGAGGUUUGUAGUUAUUAAACCACAUGGUUAUGUAGAUGCCUGGUCAAAAAGUACAGUUUCAUUUCCAAUGUAAAUAUGUAUUUAUUAGUUUUAUUUCAAGAUGUCGUAUGUCUAGUUUACUUUUGAUAUGGCUGUGAUUUUUUUGUUGUUGUUGUUCACUUAUGAAUGUUAAGUGUUGUGGAAGUAUAUUAUGUUAAACAAGCGAAUUGACUUGUUAGACUUGCAUCAUUUCAUCUUUUCCGUGCAAUAAUUUUGGUCCAGUGAAGUUUUGAAGCCAAACUUUUCUGUGUAUAUAGAGUAAAUAUGGUUGUAAAUUUGGUGUUGACUUCAGAACAUCAAAGAGUUUUCUCUUUCUAAAGUUGAAAGCAAUUAUUCCUUUAUUUUUUUUUAAGCUAGUCAAAAUUGGUCUACGUAACCAAUAUUGGUUCAUAAUUGUUCACUACGAAUAUUUCCUUUUUAGUUAGGAAUAGCCUUGUAAAUUUGGAUAUAUAUUUUUUCUGCAAAAUUGAUGUCCUUAUCUCCAGUAUUGAUAAUAUGAAUCAUUAUUUUCUGAUUUUGGGUAAUUAUUGUGUAGGUACCAUGAAGUUUACCCUUAGUUUCCACAGUGUGUAAAUUUUCACAUAAGAAUACCAAUGUUAUUUUUAUUAUUGAUAGAUGCCCGAGUCUAUUAGGUUUAGUUAAUGGUGCCAGAAUGAUUUAGAUAUAAAUUAUUAUACAUUACUAUUUAGAAAUGUAUUGAUAGGAUAAGAAUAUUCAGUGAUAAGUGACCAAUGUGUGUCAGUCUAAUGCUUUUGCACUUUUAUAAUUUUCAUUCAUGUAUGAAUAAAAAGAAGAGUAUAA